AUGGCGGGAGCGCGGGCGAGGGUGAGGGCCGCGGCGGCCGGCAGGGACCGCGAGCACGUGCGAACGCCGUCGAGGGCCGCGGCGCUGCGGGGAGCGCGAGCACGGGCAAGGGCCACGGCGGCCGGCAGGGACCGCGCACGGGCGAGCGCCGUCGAGGGCCGCGGCGCUGGCGGGGAGCGCGAGUACGGGCAAGGGCCCCGGCGGUCAGCACGAGCGCCGUCGAGGGCCGCAGCGCUGGCGGGGAGCGCGAGGACGGGCCAGGGCCCCGGCGGCCGGCGAGGGCCGCGGCACGGGCGGGGAGCGCGACCACGGGCGAGCGCUGCGGCGGCUGGCGCAAGCGCCGGCGAGGGCUGCGGCGGGCACAUCGCCGGCGGGGAGCGCGAGUACGGGCGACGGCUGCGGCGACCAGUGGCCAGGUUGACACUAGCGAGGGCCGCAACGAUAGGCGGGAAGUGCGAGUGCGGCAGCCGCGACACCGGCGGGGAGCGCGACGGGAAGGGCGAUCGCGCGCCCCUUGGUGGCGAGGGCCGCGGCGGCUGGCAGACAGCGCGGGCACGGAGGGCCGCAGCGUCCAGCGGGGAGUGCCGCGGCCGGCAGCAAGCCAGGGCAUAG